GCUAGUGUGUAUUUUAUCCUCUCAACUAGAUUCUCUCAUUCACUACUACACAACUCUCAACUACCAAGAGUGUCAUUUAAUUAUACACAAAUAAUUUCAUCUUUGUUUCACAACUCAAAAGUCCCCAUCCAACUCAAUUUGACUUUCCAAUUUAAGUCACUCUCACCUAAUAACUUGUUAUUUUCAUAACACAAAAAAGCAAACACUAGUAUUAGCCGUCUCUCAGCUUUCAAUUCGUCAAACUAAAGAUUACCAAUGACAAGAACUUGAGAUGUCACAUCUCCUUCAUUCUCCUUAUCCAUAUCAUAGCUCUAGGCAAACUUAAGACUCUUUGGUUAGUCUCUUUGCCCUAAACUAAACAAUCAAAUAUAAUUUAUAUAUUUAAUUAUUUAUUUCAAAUGUAAUUAAUUUAGUAUUCGAUAAUACCAAUUGAGAUACCGAAUUACCGAUUGGGGAUACUAGAAUAUUUAGGGAUUGAGAUUGGGAUACCAAAAUUAUUUAGGGAUUUGAAUUGAGAUUGAGAUUGGAAUUAACUAUCGGGUGUAAUUCAGUAUUAGAAAUUUCGAAAUUUGAUAUUGGGAUACCAAUACUGUACCGAUUUCCACCCCUACCGUUACAUUAUCCCUAUAGAGGAAAUUAAGGAAGGGUAAAUGAAAAGGCCCAAACCAGCCAAGCCAGCCCAAUACUAGUGCACCCAAUAAAGAAAAAAAACAAGCCCAGAAUGACCCAAAAGAGGUGGCCCACUGGAAUUAAAAGGAACCGAAUCCCGUUCAAAUUACCCUCCGGCGGCCUCCACACGCCAUUGCGCCAAUGCUUCCAUUUUUCGCACUUCUAAAUUAGAAGGAAAGCUAUUGUCAAAAAAAAAAAAAAAAAAAAAGAAGGAAAGCACGCAGUAGUUGAGGUAGUCCGCCGUCUCCCACUCUCCCGCGCUUCGUGCUUCGUCGGAGACUCAACGGAGAACCAAAGUUUGCAGGUAAAAGAAAUGGCUCCAUACGGUUUCCUUCUAUUAGCGUUCAGCGGCUUCGCCAGUUCUCCUUCGUUGAUUAAAGCAAUCUCCCCAACAUGAUUUCGCUUGAUUUUAGGGCGGGAGGAGGAGUCGACGGUGGCUUAAUCUGCAUGCUAACCGGUAAUCGUUUGGAGUCGGAAAGCUUAAAGAAUGGACGUUGAUUUGGAUCCCUUCGAAGAUGUAUUUGAUGAGCCGGCGGCGCCUCGAGCUCGGCCUGCGGGGAAGUUCCAGCCGAAGAACCGACCUAGGAAGGGAAAGGCUGCCGCAGUCGCUCCUCCUUCUGUUCAUGCCACUGCUGCUGCAAAUAAAUCUACUGAGACGGGCGAUGGCGGCGGUGGUGAUGCUACAUUGGGGGAUUUGGAUUUUUCGUCGAGAAAAGCCGACGCCGCAGAGACUGUUGACAUUUUUUUGGGGUUGGACGCCAUCCAUGAUUUAGUUACUCAGCCCCCAAGUGAUCCAGGGGUUUCAGUUCCUUGUACAAAUGAAGGGCUAGCUGGGCCGCAGUCGAGUUCGUUGGUUCAAGAGUCUGUUGAUUCUUCAGAGUUCAGGAGUGACAUGGCAACCAAAGAUCCAGUAGCUGUUGAUAAUGAUGGCGAGAGGUUACUAUCGGAGGCAUCAGGUGGCUUUCCCAACCUAGAAGCAACAAAUGUCUUCUCCGAGUCUGCUGUUGCAUCAGAUGGAGUUGACUCUCUUGUCCCUCCAGAGGAUACAUAUUUAAUUGCAUCUGAGACCAGAUAUGAAAGUGAGAGCUCAUUGCCCGCAGCACAAGGUGAUGCUGUUUCGUAUUACUCAUCCAGGAGCUUCGAUGAUUAUCUACCGUCACCACCUCCUGCUUCUGAGUUUCCUAUGAGUUCAGAACAUACAGAUUCAAGGCAAAUAUUUACCUUGAAUGAGGCAGAUAAAAAUGAUUCUUUGAGGGUUGCACCAGAUUUGGUGGAAAAUGAGGGUCAAGAGAGUAGAGAAAAGAAUGGUUUGGAGCCUGAUCUCUCACGGAAGUCCAAAGCUAACGGCAGAAAUGGUGGGAAGUUGUUGAGAAAGCGAUCAGGCACACGUCAAGCUGUUGACCAACCCGAAAAUGAAGGUUAUGUUGGAAGCAGCUCCCCUGUUGGAGCACCUGGUUUCCUGGUUACAGAUGAAGAGAAUGAUAGUGAAUAUCAGUUGGAUGGGGAUGACAAUAAUGAUAAUGGUGGGGAUGAUGAUUUUGAUGGUGGAGAAAGCACCGACAAAAAGAAGAAAGCUUCUAAAAGGUCAAAGAAAUCAGUUCCAGAUAAAGAAACUGGAGGUCGGAAGCGUAAGAAAGCUAGUGAGACAUCUGAACAGCCGAGCCAGAAACCUCCUAAGAAGUUUGCUCACACAACUCGCCGAAAGAAAAGAUACAGGAAUGAUGAGUUGCUCAAGGUUCCUGAAGAUGAAAUUGAUUUUCGGAGCUUGCCCAUCCGGGAUAUAAUUUUUCUCGGUGAACAUAGAGAACGAUUAGCUGCUAAAGAGGCAAAAGCUUUGAAAAGUCGUUCAACAGAUGAAGGCACCAGCACUGCCCAUAAUGCAGUGGAUGAAGCUGAGCUCGAUGAAGCUGUAAACAUAUCAGAUAAUACCCCUUUAUUCAAUAGCCACUCUUUCAUGAAUAGGACACGUAAGGUGAGGUGGUCAAAACAAGAGACAGAACUAUUUUACGAGGGAAUCAGACAGUUUGGAACUGAUCUCUCACUGGUACAACAAUUGUUUCCUGGGAGGGAUCGCCGUCAGAUCAAGAAUAAAUUUAAGGCUGAAGAGCGCCGUCAGCCGUUUUUACUUUUUGAAGCUCUGGGAAAUCGUGACAGAGACAGUUCAUAUUUUGAGAGAGUAAUUGAUCAGCUUCAGAAAGCUGCUGCUGAGGCAGGUAGAGAGUCAAAGAGAGAUGAGCCAACGGAUGAGGCGGAAGAGGGGGAAGAGGCGGAAGCAGGGAACUCAGAGCGAGAUGAGCCAGCAACAGCAGGUCAUGAUCCUGAAGAAAUAAUUGCUGAUGCCCCUAGUCCGGGGAAGUUUGAGGAGGAAGAGAUUAUUGAAGAUGAAGAUGAUCUAUGGAGCUCAUAUCAAAGUGAAUUUUGAAUAGUAGCAGACCGACAGAAAGUAACUUGUAUUUACUUCUCUGCCUCCUUUUGUUUCUGCUUCCAGCACAGCCUAGCUCUUAACGUACAGUAACCUUAAUACUAGUAAGUAUAAAAUUUACUUCUCUGCCUCCUUUGUUUCUACCUCUCGUAUGUCCCCGGAGGAUAGUACUCGCAGACAACAUUAUCUCCAGAGAUGGAGCAGAAGCAGAUGCAGAGGCAGACACAUCUAAAUGCUCCUGCACAUUAUGCAAGCAAGUCUUGAGCAAUCAAGUUCAAAACGGCCACGAACUGAACUUCGAUUCAACGUUUGCCAGUCCUGUUCCCAUCAUGUUCUUAUCUCUUAGAAUCUUAUUUAUGGAGUUAUUUAUGCUUCACAAAUAAAUGAAUCUACGAAGACAACCUGAACUUGGAAUCAAACAACUUGGUAUGUGUUAUUAAUUAUGUAUUGCGUGCCGUCCCAGCCAUCCGAUGCAGGUAACCUUCUGUUGGCCGCGGAAUCUGAUAAGCAAGACCAAAGUGAUGUUGUUUAGUACCUGGGUUGGGAGUCAAUGGUGGAGUUAAACAGUAUCGGCAGUAGGAUUGAGACUAUCUGGUGUAUGGUUGUGAGUUGUGACUUGUGAUCGCUCUUAUCUAUCAAUAAACUGUUCAAGGUGUUUUUAUUGGGUUUUUGUGGUCAUGAGUUAAACAGUAUCUGCAUUCUGCAGUAGGAUUCUCACUAGAUGACAGGAUCCUAGCUCUAACAUAGUUUCACUACUUAUGUCAAAACUGGUGAUCAUAUGCAAAUAAGCAUCUCAUCAUCUCCCCCAGCAACAUCAAGAAGGAAGACAACCUGUACCAGAAAGAAAACAGGGGAACUCGACCAGAGCAAGAAGGUCGAGAGAUCCCAUUGAUGAAGGCCCUAUCUCUGAGAAGUUGGAGCAGAGUAUUGUCCGGGCAAUUCGCUUUAAUUUACUUUCCUGGCCUGACAUAACCUGUUGGCUGGCUCUGCUUCCUACAUACAGCCUUGCUGUUGGUGUGGAGUAACAUAGCUCCUAUUGUCCUUGAUUCAAGCAAUAUUAUCACAGAAGUUCCAAUCUUUCUUUUGUUCUAGGCCAAGGAAAGAUGCAAGCUGAAUACUCAAUCCUUUCUAACCAUAUAGCUACCGUUCUGAGCCCGACGUACCGGUGUCUUAGAAGGAUGGGGUGGUUAAAAGUUGCUUUUCAUGGCGGCAGUGAUUGAAACAGGUACCUGGCUUCUCUUCCCCUCAUCUUACCCUGCAGCUUAAAUCCACAGGAAUACACAUCACAUUGUCCAGAAAUGAGUUUUUCAGGGUUGGUUCAUGUUUGCAUCUUCUUUUAUCUUUAGCUUGGUCGGUAAGUGAGUGAAGCAAAUGCUUAUGCUUAGUCUCUUUGUCAACCAAUAAACCCUUUUGUUUGAACUUAAACUCGAAUGCUUGCUUGCUUGCUUCUGUGUUUGUGUUAAUGAUGAAAGUGGGAUCCACAGAGUCUUCUUCUGGUAGUGUUUGUGCUGGACAAUAAUAAUUAAUAAAAGCCAACAGUAAAAGGAAAAGAAGGGGGAGGGUAGCAUCAUAUUUCUGACUUCUUGUAUCCAUCAUGUUCUUCACCAUGAAUCAAAAGUUCAUUUGGGAAAGGAACCUUGAUUUUAUAUUGUUUUGGUUCCUUUGCAAUUACUUAACUAAUUGUGACCAGUCUUCUCUUGGGAGUGUAACUCCAUUGCUUCUUUUAAGAGAUGGUUUGGAGGUAUGAUUUGAGUGUCUGAUUCUUUCAAAUUCUUAAAUCUUAUGGUUCGUUUGGAGGUUGUGAUUUGAAGUGGUGUAUUUAGCCAAUACAUAAAAUGUGGAGAUUUAGUUGUUUUUUGGUUUAAAUUGAGUUAUAAUACAUGUAUUUACUUUUUAAGGGUCCACCUCUAAUCUCUCAAAAUAAAGGAUUGAUAAUUUCUAAUUAAAGUUGAGAUUGUAAAUGAAUGAUUCUAUGUCAA